CUAACAUGGAGACAAAGGUACGAAUAGUAGUGUGCUUGCUGACUUUAUGUGCUGCAACGUUAGCGAAGAGCUUAACGAACUCAGAACUAAAGGACAAUGUCAGUGCUGAAAGUAGACUCUACAAAAACGUUCCAGUUGGUGUCUACGCUAGUGUGGCUCCGUAUGCCGCCUACUCCUUCCAUGUCCCGAGUAUAGUUGCCCCUAAAAGUCUUCCAAUUAAAGAAGCAAGUGUUAAUCACCAAAAUAACAACGGAUUUUUAAAGGAUUCAUAUGGAAAUCAAUUUGCUGGAACUCCACAGAGUAUGGGCUAUAAAUCCAUGUUUCCACAACAAUUUGUUCAGUUGCAAAAUCUUCCUGUACAUCUGAGUCAACCACUGGUAUCAUCAAGCAUUCAGUACAAACAUUCAACGCCUCAUUUUUUUGCGCCCGGCCAAUACGGAGUACAAAAUAUCCAGCUUCCUCAAACACUAAAUAGAUACACCAUACAACAACCUAUUUCGUUUACUGAAAAUACGAGAAAUCCAUCAAUUAUAUAUUCACAGUUUAAACCUCAGCAGUUGCCACAACAACAGCCAAGUAACAAUAAUAAUAUUUAUGCAAAUGCUUUUACAGUGGAACAAUUUAAUAACCUUAAGAAUCAACCGAAAUUUCAACGAUUGCAAACUGCCGAUAGCCAGCAUAAUGAUGAAACGCAGCAACUUUUGAACGCUCCCAAGCAAACUACGAUAACAACAGUAUCAAAUGGAAAAAAAAUAGCUGUGAAUUUGAUUACAAAACCUCCUUUACCUUUACUUGAUCUAAGUCUUCUGGAACCUUUGCAUUUUGCUAACCCUUUAGUGCCACAAGUGCAACACUUUUUACCCAGAAUUAAUUCAGCAGUUUAUCAUAAGCUUCCCAAUGUUCAAGAAGUGAAAAAGCAUCAGAUGGAAUUUGUCGUCCAAAAUACUAAGUCAUAUGAUAGCACUAAAGACAAUCAAAAGAAGGUAACACCGAAAAGAAAACACAAAAAAGUGACACAGAAACAUGUGCCACAUGAAGACGAACCAGACUCACCGACAGUUACGGCACAACAGGAUAUUCCAAAUGAAAGUCCUGAGAUAGUGUAUGAAAUAAAUUCUCCGAACUACAAGGAAACAGUUUCAGAGAAGAAAAUAAGCUACAACAAAGAAACUGAGACUGCACCCAAAACUUACAAUUACGAAAUGAAUACACAAAGUCAGCCUGUACAUUAUAGUUAUGAAAAAAAUUCUCAGAAGGAACCAGUCCAUAUAAGCCAUGAACAUCACGAAGAAAAAGCGCCCAUUCAUCAUAAUUAUGAGGAGCAUACACAAAAAGAGCCUAUUAGAUAUAAUUAUGUCAAAAUCGUUAAAGAACCGACACACAAGCCAGGAGGCAGCGUAGAAAGCCAUGAAGAUCCAAAUCAUUUGAUAUAUCACAUAAAGGCAGAUGAGGAGGAAGGGCAACAUAACAAUAAUAAGAAACAUAAUUCAGCUGAAAACUCUGAUGAAUCACACGAAGAAGAAAACAGGAGAGAACCUAUUGAUGAUAUACCCCACAAAAAUUAUGACGAACAAAUACAUUAUAUUGAGGUGCCUGAGCAAACUCAGGACUAUAAUCCUGAACAUCGACAAGUACAGUAUUAUCAGGAAAAACCAAAAGAGUUACAACAACACUCGCCACAAUCUCCUGGUCCUAAAAAUAUUGCCCAUUUCCCCAAGGAACAAGAACAAAUCAUAUUGCACGAACACGAGGAAGAAAUUGAAAUAGAACCACAGCAAAGAGAACAUAGUUCAAUAAAAGUUGAUCCUAAUCAACAUAUUCAGACUCAAGAACACACUCCACGUCAUCCACAGGAAGAAUCUCACAGGUAUGACUAUCCUAGAUCAUUUUAUUCAUCAGCUCCAAUUAUUAAAGGGACGCCAAAACAAGAAGUUAGUAACGACGAGGCAAAAGAUGAUGUUCGGGAAAAUAAUAACGAAAAAGAAGAAGACCGUGAGGAAAACGAAGAAGACUUUGAAAAAAGCUAUAUGGAUGCCGCAUAUGGCUUUGCUGCAUACCAUACACCCAGAGUUGAUGUUGAAAAAGAAAUAUAUAAUCCACAGACGUACGGGUCACCAAAGUAUUACUCAGAAUAUAAUAUAGAGAAAACACCUUUACAACAGUACCAGGCUGGAGGAGAUGAAUUUCCUGAGUUCGCCCGGUCAAAUUAUAAGGAAGCAAGAGACAAAAUGCAGGAGAAGUAUUACUUAGAUUACGAAGCCAGUCGGCCCGAAGGUCUUGGUGAGAGACAUAAGAAUAAAGAAAAUUACUAUGCCUUGUACAAUAAUCAAAAACCAGAAACAUACAGCAACGAUGAAAAAGAAGAGAAAAAGAGUGAGAAAUAUACAGUUAUACCCACCUACCACUAUCGUGAACCCGCACAUAAACAAAGUAAACAUAACAAACCAAAACCCGCCCAUUACGAGUUCCGGUAUACAAACGAAGAGCCUAAAGAUGCCUCUGCCCACGCCUCUCGACCUCACAUCAGAUAUAAUGGUAGAACUCAGUUUGUAGAACCACAAUAUCAGUAUGGGUUUGAACCGAUAUCAAUCCCUCAACUUUUGGACAGCGAACUAGCCGCUAUGGCAUCGAGUAAUAACCCCAAAAGUCAAAAGGGAGGCCUAAGAAAGAAAACUUUUAAAGAAAAUCUCUUUAUAAAGACGACUAGCACCAAAGGUAGCAAGAAAAUUAGUUGAUUAGAAUAAUUAAUUAUGUUAAUUAUAGAUAUAGGAUAGACGACUGCUAAUAUUAUAGUUCUUUCAAAUCA